GAUAUUUUUCCCGCGGAACAUGAUCGCGGGCUCGGUUACGUCAUCUUAGCGUAUCCUCAAACGCAUCCAGGUCAAGGAAAAGCAGUACCGGACGGCGAAGGGAGGGGAAAUUGCCCGAGAAGGAUCUUCCCUUGAAUGAAGCAGUCAAGAACUCUUGGGUCCUCGAUCUGAUAUUCUUCGAUAUCGAAACCGUUCUUCUCCUUUUUCUCUCCUUGAGAUUCAGCUCGUGUUCCCUGGUUUCUUCUGCUUUAGAGGUGCUGUGGUUCGUGCUUUAGGGGCCUUUUCAUUGUCCGGUUAUUGGGGAAAGAAUGGUGCUCUCGCAGAAGAUCCAUGAAGCGUUCAAGGGAGCCGUUGAGAGGGUGACGGGCCCCAGGACGGUCUCCGCUUUCAGGGAGAAGGGCGUGCUCAGCAUCGAUGAAUUCGUCAUCGCCGGCGACAAUCUUGUCUCGAAAUGCCCUACCUGGUCAUGGGAAUCUGGUGAUCCAAGAAAGAGAAAACCGUAUCUACCUGCUGAUAAGCAAUAUUUGAUUACUAGAAACGUCCCAUGUCUCCGCAGAGUUCAUUCUGUUGAAGAAGAAUAUGAAGCUGCAGCUGAGGAUUCAGUUCAAGAAAAUGAAGAUUUUGAUGGAUGGCUUUUUACACAUGGAAACACCAAAGAAAAUAAAAGUGCUGUAGAGGAUUUGCCUUCCAUGGAAACACCUGAAACUGCCAAGACAGGGACUAUCCAGUCCAUUUCUACAUACUUUGGGGCUGAAGAUCAAGAUAUUCCUGACAUGGAAGAAUAUGAAGAUCCUGACACUCUGAACGAAAGUGAUGCUGCCACACUUGAUCCCUCAUACUUGGUGGCAAAUGAACCAGAUGAUGACAAUAUUUUACGCACUCGAACAUAUGAUGUUAGCAUCACGUAUGACAAGUACUAUCAAACUCCUCGGGUAUGGCUUACGGGAUAUGAUGAGUCCAAGAUGCUUUUACAGCCAGAGCUUGUACUUGAAGAUGUUAGUCAAGAUCAUGCCCGAAAAACGGUCACUAUUGAGGACCAUCCCCACUUGCCCGGGAAGCAUGCCUCCAUUCAUCCUUGCCGUCAUGGUGCUGUGAUGAAAAAGAUCAUUGAUGUUCUGAUGUCGCAUGGGGUUGAACCAGAAGUUGACAAGUAUCUUUUCUUAUUUUUGAAAUUUGUGGCUUCUGUGAUCCCUACAAUCGAGUAUGACUAUACAAUUGAUUUUGACAUGGGAAAUGCUAGAUGACCACUGAGAGUGCUAUCUUUUCUGAAGGUUCAGAGGAACCUCUGCUGCAAAAAAGUGUGGUAGUCCUAUCUUGGCUGCGACGGCAGCUGAUCUUGUUUUAUCCCUCCAGCUUCAUGUAUAUAAUCAUAUUGAUUGGAAUAACCCGGUGUCUUAAAGGACUGUAAAUAAUAUUUCUGUUGAAACGAUUGUAAAAAGGUGCAUCUAUUUACAUGUCACUUGCUGGAUA